CCUUCUUGCCGAGGCCAAGCUGGGCUCAUGUCAGGGCUGCUCCGCUGCGCUCCGCCUGCAAGCAGGGCAGGAAAGGGGCCAGGCUCUGCAGCCAGGGACAGGAGCCUCGCCCGAGCUGCAGGCACAGCUCUGCCGAGCAGCUCCCACUGCCAGGUGGGACCCAGCAGCACCCUGAGGCUCCUGGGGGCACAGCAGUAUGGCCAAACCCUGGGAUGGCUCCUGGCUGUGCUGGCAGCCAUGGGGACACCCCACAUCCAGCCCCAGAGCAGGGAGGGCUCCCACGGGGCUCAGGGAUACAGGGAUGGGCACAGCUGGUGCAUGGGGAUGGGUCACAGCACCGCAGGCAGGAAGAAGUGUCCCAAGGCAGUGUCACAGCCUUGCUGCCCCGUGGCAGCCACCACCUUUGAUGCCUCCAAGAAAACCUCUCAGGGAUGGGAGAGAAGAGCCAGGAGCUGGCCUGUCCCAACAAGAGUGGUUGGAGGGCAUCCCUGCAUGGAAUCAUUGUCUGAGUGGCCCUGCCACGGGGCCCUGUGUGCCUGCAGGUGGGUGACCUGGCCUUAUCCUGUGUCCUCAGGGCUCUACAGACGGAUGAGGUGCUACCAGCAGCAAACCUGUCACCACCCCAAGCAGGGACACCACGGCCUGGCAGGACCUAGGGGCACCCAAGUGGGUCCAAACUUUGCCACUGGCUGGGCACUCAACCCUGGGGGACAACAGAGGUGGGGGAAGGAACCCCCAGAACCCCAGGGACCAUCCAGGCUGUGUCCCCCCAGCGCUCUGUCAAGCUGCACCCAGGCUCGGGGGACAACCACAGCAGCCCUGACCGGGUUUUGUACCCUCCUUUCCCAGGCUCUCUCCUCGGGGAUAAGCAGCCCGGCAGGAGGGACAGUGCUUCAGAGGAGCAAUGGUUCGGCUGUCGGAGCUGCUGACAGCGCACUGCUGCUGCUGCUGCUGCAGGGCAUGCACGGAGCAUGGCCCCAGCACGGCCACUGGCCCGGGGACAGCCACAGCCACAGUACCCCUGAAGCACCCAAAGGACAGCCACAGGGUAGCAGAGCCACUGCCAGCACCCAAAGGACGGCCACAGGGCAGCGCAGCCACCUGGCAACUGUGACAAGGCAGCAGAGCCCACCUAGCAGCACCCAAGGGACAGCCACAAAGCAGCGCAGCCCCCAAGGGACAGGCACAGGGCAGCACAGCCCCUGGCGGUCCCCAAAGGACAGCAGGCACAGGUCAGCACAGCACCCAAAGGACAGGCACGGGGCAGCACAGCCCACCUGGCAGCCCCAACAAGGCAGCCCUGUCCCCCCUGGCAGCACAGCCCUGUCCCCACGCAGCCCGCUGCCCUGCCCGGCCUGCCAAGGGCUCUGUGCUCGGCAUGCAGCGCGUUUUUAGGAGGAGAUGCAGCAGAGCCCCCACCCCGCCCGAAAGCAGGUCACCCUGGCUGCCGGCUCUCGGCAGGGCCAGACCACCAUCCCCACCCCUGCGGCACGGUGCCACCAGGCUGGCACACGGCAGGGCUCCUGGCCGGGACACGGCUGAAUCCCCAGCUGGGCACAUGCAAGGGGGGCUCAAGCCGACACUUACCCAGCGAGAGCAGCAAGCAGGUCCUAGAAGAAGGGAGGAAGAAAACAACUACUGCAAAGAGAACAUUCCUUUGGGCAGUGCUUGAGUCCGUGGCUGAGGUAGAAGGAGCAGUACCCAGUGAUGCAGCUGAAUAAAAAAAUACAAAAAUACUUCAAAAGCAGUAGGUUCUCUUCACUCCAGCACAGAGGAUGCCAGAUAUCACUUCAUCAAACUGGUGUGAGUCAGCACGUUCCAAAAACCUGAGAAUAAACCUUGGCAGUGCCCAGACAGCUGGAGCAGCCUUUACUUCAAAAAGUUGGAUUUCCAGAGCUCGGGAAAAGAGAGAUGUCACCAAAAAAACCCCAAAAACCAAUGAACCAAAGCAACUUGCAGGAAAACCAAGGCACAUUGGCACUGUAGGCCCUGAGGCUUCUCUGGGCCCCACAGAUCCGAGGACAAGAGAUUUUCUUUUCCCCAAUAAAUGAGAAAGAUUCUUAGAAAA